GUCCCCAACUAAAUGAGGCUUUUUGCCCGUGGGGCCACAGAGGCAGAGGGGUGGGGGUAGAGUAAUGGAAAGUGAAGGUUGAAAGAGGAGAGAGUUUAUUCAGUCGCACACAGACACGAGCCACAAGCAGACGAAUCCUUCCUCAACUUGAAGGCGAUCCGGUCAUGGGUUCAGAAAUGGAGCUGACUUUCACCGAGGACCUGCAGCUGACGGAGGUGAUGCGUUUGAGGGUGCAGUCGCUGCAGCAGAGGGGCCAGAAGAGGCAGGACGGCGAGAGGCUGCUCCUGCCGCACGAGUCCGUCUACCGUCUGGACUUCAGCGAGCAGGAGCUGACCUUCUCCCAAUGGAACGUGAACCUGCAAGGAACGGGCCGUUUCACCGUCACCGGCAUCUGCCAGCUCUGGACGCCCGACCUGACCAACCUGAUGACCAGGCAGCUGCUGGAGCCCAUCGGCCAGUUCUGGAGGAACGCCGGAGAUCCAGAGGAUUCGCCCAUCAAAUGCCUGGAGGCGGACAUCCAGGAGUUCGGAGAAAGGAUAGCCGAGCUGGCGAAGGUGCGGAAAGUGAUGUAUUUCCUAUUCGCCUUCAAGGAGGGAGCGACGAAGGACAAAAUCUCUUGCUCUUUGACCUUCAACAAAAACAAGUGACAAAUCGAAUCGCUG